UAUGUUGGACUGCCACACGUCCCUUGGACGGCGUGCUUUUAGCGAGAUUUUUCUACUAAUCCUUUUAAAAAGCCGAAUAAUACUCACAAAUACUAUUCAUCUUCUUCUUUGAUUUUCUUUUACUCUGCACUUUCUCCUUCUCAAGUGUUCGAAGGUGAGAUGAGUUCUUCUAUUCCCCCUGCUGACGAUCCUUCUUUGGAGGAGUAGUUAACCUAUGAUAGAAACUCCCUCUGCGCUCAAUCGAUCCAGCCUGAGGUACUCAUCUUCCUUGAUUCUUCACUGUCCCUUCUCCUCCUUUCAAGGUGAAAAACUUUCCCUGUCACAAAAAGGAGGAACUCCUUUUUCGUGAACCUGACCCUGUUAGAGAUGAAGCGAAGCCUAAACCUUAGCAUCAUUUCUGGCCUCGUCGGUUAGAGGGCUGGAACAAAUGGGUAGAGCGGAUGACCGUGGUUAAAUCCGCUGAAUGGCAUAUAUUAGGAAUUUUCCAUGCUAUCCAAUUGACCAAACGUUUCAUUCCUCCUGGCCUUCCUCUUCUCCAGGUAGCCAUGGGGUUUUGGUCACGUUCCACCAAUGCUUUUCACUUUCCCUGUGGAAUGCUUAGCCCAACCCUAAUGGACAUAGGAGCCCUUCUAGGCUUAAAAUCUUUGGGUGAGGAGCUCAAUGGUGCCACCGAUGGCCAUCUUAACGACUAUGGCUUAGAAUUUUCCAGGCAUUGUACUUAUCCCAAUUAUGUAACAAUGUAUAGGAAAAAGGUUGGUCUCAUCUCCCACCAGGAAUACGUUGCAUUCCUACUCAUUUGGCUAUGUCGCUUUAUGAGUUAUUCGAGAGCGGAGAAGAUCUCCAAAGCCUUCCUUAAGCUGGUGAAUGCCAUAGCUGACGGUCACUCUGUGGAUUUAGCCUUCACAAUUCUCUCCCAUUUAUACCGUGGAUGUAAUGUUGUUCUUGAAGAGCACUUUACCAACGGGGGUGGUCCAUUAUGGCUCCUGCAAAUGUGGCUCAGAGCCUAGUUCCUUGAAACUUACCAUCCCCAGGUUCAAAACACCUCUUCCAUCAUAGGCUACUCUUUCGAUCAUGAGUUGGCUCCUCCUCUGUCUUGUGCAGAGUAUUAUGAAUUUUUCUUUACUUUACCCUUUGACAGUCUUCCUGAACGUUUCAUGCCUUUCUGUUCCCUUGAAAAUAUACCUGACUGGUUGGCUUCUGCUAUUCAUGAGCCUUUAACUGCAUCUAAUCUGUGGGCUAGUUAUCUGACUUGCCACGAUCUUCUUUUGGAAUUACUCUUGAGCAUUCCAAAAAUAACAUGUAUGGGACUGAAUGCUACAAUCCUCAUUUCAUAUCACCAAUUCGGUCUUAUCCAAUCUGUUCCGUACCCUUGCUAUUAUUCUCUAUCUUACUGGAGGCUUAAUUGUCCGUCUUGUUCAGUGAGGCAGAGAUUCAAAAGUUCACCGAUCUAAAAGUCUUUGUUCUUUCUGAAUUCUCUCUCGUUCUGUAUCAAUUGGCCCCUUCUACAACCAAUGACUUCUAGUCUUGGUGGCAAUCUUAUUAUGCUGGAACUUUGGAUGCAACCCCUUCUGAUUGCGCGUCUACUAACUCGGCUCAUGACGAAGAUUCUAAUACAGCUUCAUUUCCUGAAUUGCAAAGUCCAGGCAACCGGAAACAUCGACUCCGAUCUGCUAAAGAUAUAUGUGUUUAUCUUUUCUAGCCGCGCUUCAGCCAGUACUGCUCAAGAAUCCUCAGACUCCUCUGAUGAUUUUCAUACUACUGAAGAAUUGACCAUACUGCCAGCAGGUAGUCUUCCUAAAGAGCGAACUUCCUUGAAAAGGCUUAAGCGAGGUAAACGGCCUACAACCACUCAGGCCAGGUCUCCUUCCCUGACAUCGAAAUGGUCUCGAACAACAGUGCUUAUAUCUGACUUUCUGCCCAAGAAAUCUAAGAAAGCCACCGAUCUACAUCUGCAUGAUGAUGCUGGUAUUUUCGUAACUUCUGAUGUUCUUAAAGGUCAAGUUUCGGAUCAAGUACCUGUUCCUGUUAAGCUUAAGGCUCCAUCUCCUCCAGCCUCUGAGGACGCCUCCACAUCUCUUCCUGACUUUAGCGGCAUGCUCUUGCCUGAAUCUUCUCAGGUCCUCCCGAGCUUAGAUUCCUGAGACUACUUCUGAUGCACGUUCUCAAACCUCGUCACUCUUUGACCGUGUGAGGGUUUUAUAUGAAUCUUCAGUCAACAUGUCCGCAAAGGAAUUUUGAAGGAGUGGUCGCACUACUGAUUUGGUGAAAUUUUCCCGUGACAUCCAGGCUGACCCCCUUCUUUUAGCGAGGCAGGGUGUUUGUGGGGAUCUUCUUAAAAAUUUGAGCUCGAUGCUGGGGAGCACGGUCCUUAAGGCGAUUGAUAUCUUUGACUCGACUGAACGGUUUCUUGUUGCCCACAAAGCUGCUUUUGAAAAGGUGGACACUCCGCAACGCAAACUGGAGUGUCUGAUGGAGGUUGCUACCGCUUCUGAGGCUAAGAUCAAGCGUCUGGAGGAAGAAAUCAAGAGUCUACAACAAGAAAAGGAGAAGGAAAGACAGCUGAUGAAUUCUAACACUCAAGAGUUCAAGGAUCUUUUCGAGGAGGUUUCCCAGCUAGCUGUAGAUUUGCAAGCUUUUGAGCUACGUGUUGAAACCUGAGAGAGAUAAGCUUGAAAUCUCUCAUCAAUUAUCUCAAUUGGACAACCAAUUUCAGGCUUGUUGGUCUCAAGUAGCUGAACGUCUCAAUUUUAAGGCCUGUGAGCCAGAAGAAUCUAAGGGGGAUGCCCCUUAGUAUGUUUUGAAUAGUUUCCUUUUCUCUCUUCUGUACUCUCUCCUUUUUUAUGAUGAACCGUUUACGGCCUUCCUUUCAAGUAAUGAUGUUUUGACCGUUCUGCUCUUGUAUUGUUGGUUCUUCAUUGAGCAGGUUCCCACAUGACUGGAUAAUACAUUUUCAA